UGAAGCUUUCCGCACAGGCCCGUCACAAGCUGCCGAGGUCAACCCGGCGCCUCUUAUCCCAACGAGCACCAUAGCAAUAACACAGUGGUCCUGGUCCAAUUUGCGAGGCACACUCUACUUGCGCCACAUUCGUCUCUCUGCGACGCCGCCCCUCAUUACCUACAAAUUCUACGUCCAAGCGCAGUCGUCGCCAAAAGCUUUUUCCACUCCAAGCAUUCGCACAAGAAAGAAUACAGUGUGAGGAAAAUGGCGACUCUCAGCGUGGGCUACAAGCACAAAGUCACAGUCGUCGGCUCCGGCAACAGGGGCACCACCAUGGCCAAAUUGGUGGCCGAGAACGUCAAGGAGAAUCCGUCUCUGUUCGAGCAGACGGUGCAGAUGUGGGUAUAUGAGGAAGAGUACACAAUCCCCAAAGACUCACGCCACUACACCGGCUCGGAUAAGCCUGAGAAGCUGUCAGAGCUCAUCAACAAGGUGCACGAGAACGUCAAGUACCUCCCCAACAUCACGCUUCCCUCCAACGUGAUUGCGAAUCCCAAUCUCCCCGACUCGUGCAAGGACUCGACGAUACUCAUCUUCGUGCUGCCCCACCAGUUCAUCGCUCGUUCAUGCCAGCAACUCGUUGGAAAGAUUCUCCCUUAUGCGCGAGCUAUCUGCUGCACAAAGGGCGUCGAUGUGAGCGAAAAGGGUAUUCGGUUGAUGUCGGAGACAAUUGGCAUGACGCUCAACAUCUACUGCGGCGCUCUGUCCGGCGCGAAUAUUGCGUCUGAGAUUGCACAGGAGAAGUACUCAGAAACCACCAUUGCGUACGACCCGCCGCCAAUGGACUCGCAGAACCCCACACCACGAGGUUCACCACGUGGUUCUCAAGUGGACCUCACUGCGCAUGUCGAUCUCAUCGAUCCCAGCAAGGAGCAACCCAGCAAGCGCUCUGCGCGCCUGACGGCUCUGCCCAACGAGUACCCGCCCCUGUCGCAUGAAAACGUCCGCAAACUCUUCCACCGCCCUUACUUCCACGUGCACAUUGUCAACGACGUUGCUGGCGUCUCGCUGGGAGGUGCUUUGAAGAACAUUAUUGCCCUUGCUGCUGGUUUCGUGGAUGGCCUGGGAUGGGGCGACAACGCCAAGGCCGCCGUCAUGCGUGUGGGCAUCCUGGAGAUGGUCAAGUUUGGCAAGGCCUUCUUUGGAGAGAGCGCUCGCACCAGCACCUUUACCGAAGAGAGCUGCGGUGUUGCUGACGUUGUGACCUCAUGCAUGGGCGGACGCAACUUCCGGUGCGCAAAGAUGGCUGUGGAGCGCGGCAAGCCCAUCAACGAGAUUGAGCAGACGGAGCUCAAUGGCCAGAAGCUGCAGGGUACGAGCACUGCCUACGAGGUCAAUGAGUUUCUCAAGGCCGAGGGCAUGGAAGACGAGUUUCCACUCUUCACGGCAGUCUACAACAUUUUGGAGGGCAAGAACAAGCCCGAAGACAUUCCGCAGCUCAUUGAGAAGAAGCCCUGAUCAGACACGUGACCGCGGAGGCAUGAGGUUCAUUGCUACGAAUACCCCAUAAGUAGAGUACAUUUUCAUUGCAUGCUUAUCAAGGCUCCAAUCCAAGUCUUUGCGUUAUCAUGCGCUAAUACGCUUACGGACCACUGAAGUCAACAAGUCUGUUUGCAGCAAAGCAUAUUGCUAAGCAUGCAUAUAGGCGACAUGUUGAUG